AUGUAUAUUAAGUCCAUGGUAAUCGAUGGAUUUAAGUCCUAUUGUCAACGCACAGAAAUUCGCGAUUUUGAUCUUCAAUUUAAUGCAAUUACUGGUCUUAAUGGCUCUGGAAAAUCGAACAUCCUGGAUGCAAUUUGCUUUCUCUUGGGAAUUACAAAUUUGUCACACGUUAGAGCUGCUAAUUUGCAAGAACUCGUAUAUAAAAGUGGUCAGUCGGGCAUUACCAAGGCUACAGUCAGUAUUGUUUUUGAUAAUACUGAUAAGUCUGUCUCACCUUACGGAUAUGAACAAUUUGAUGAAUUGACUAUAACUCGUCAGAUUGUUGUUGGUGGCAAGAAUAAGUACCUUAUUAAUGGUACUAAUGCUACUAAUACCCGUGUUCAAGACCUUUUCCAUUCCGUUCAAUUAAAUGUAAAUAAUCCUCACUUUCUUAUUAUGCAAGGAAGUAUUACAAAAGUUGUGAAUAUGAAACCUCCUGAAAUUUUAUCACUUUUGGAAGAGGCAGCAAGCACAAAGCUCUAUGAAAACAAGAAGGAAGCCGCUUUAAAAACUAUUGAAAAGAAAGAUUCAAAACUUCGUGAGAUCGACAGAGUUCUCUAUGAGGAUAUCACACCAACUAUUCGGAAACUACGUGAAGAGCGAAGUAGUUAUUUGGAAUAUCAGAAAAUUGUUCGUGAAAUCGAACAUCUUUCUCGCCUCAUCAUUGCUUAUGAUUUCACAAGGCUUGAAGAGGCUAAGCAACGUAGUAAAGACGAUUUGGUUAAACUUGAAAAUAAGCUCGCCUAUAGUAAAAAUGAGCUUGAGACUUUGAAGAGUGAAAAGACUGAUGUCGAUCAGAAGAUCGUUCGCCUUACUGAAGAACGUCAAACAUUGCUAGGCACCUCUCUCGAAGAAGCCGAACGCGUUCUCGUGGAACGUCGAAAGGAAGAGGCUGUGGCAAGUGGUGUAUCGACUCGCGCAGCCGAACAUCUUCGUGUCACUCGCAAACAGAUUCACAAUCUGGAGACUCAGUCGAAAGAAAUAUCCAAACAGUUAGAGGACAAACGGUAUGCGGCUGCCGACGCAGCUGGAACAGAAUUCAAGGCUUUGGAGGAGGCUACAAAACAGGCUCAGGAGGCUCUUACUGAAGCCCAGGCGAAUUUGGCUGCGACCAAGUCUGGUCUCGCUGGUGGAAACUCUUCCAAACAGGGCGGAGGUCUAGCUGAACAGGCCCGUAUUGCUGAGGGCAAACGCGUUGCAGUGGAAACCGAACUCCGCCAGUUAGAAAUGCGCGAAAAGCAUCUCACUCAGGAGCUCUCAACAGGUCAAAAGAAACUCUCUGCGAUGGAAGCCAAAUCGAGCGGACUUGGAAAGGAUGGUGAAACCAAACGCAAGCAUCUCCUCUCGCAAAUGGAGAAGCUAAAUAGCCAGUUGGAAGAAAUAAGGCAAGCUGAUGUUAAAGCGGGUGGAGAUGAAGCUACUGUCACCAACAAGUAUAAUGAAUUAGUUCGAGAAAUGCGUCAAUUACAGGCGAAAAGUGAUGAACUUGGGAGACAAUUUCAUCAACUUCAGUUUGAUUACACCGAUCCGGAACCGCAUUUUGAUCGACGACGGGUGUUUGGUGUUGUAGCUAAAUUAUUUGAUCUUGUCGAUCCCAAAUACGCCACUGCAAUUGAAGUAGCUGCUGGCGGGAAGCUCUACAAUAUCGUGGUGGACACUGAGGCGACGGGAAAAGCCCUUUUGGAGAGGGGUCAGUUGCCCAGACGAGUCACAAUGUUACCCCUGAAUCGCAUCCGAGGAUCUUCCAUACCACAGGAGACUUUGAAAAAGGCAGAAGCGCUUGUUGGGAAGGAGAAUGUUGCGCCGGCGUUGUCGCUUAUCAGAUAUCCUCCACAUCUGGCUCCGGUUAUGGAGUUUGUAUUUGGAGGUCUUCUUGUCUGUCCGACGCUAGAUCAUGCCAGGAAGGUGACUUUCCAUCCGGGAAUAGAAAGAAGAACGAUCACUUAUGAUGGUGAUAUGUUUGAUCCACAAGGUACCUUAUCUGGAGGUUCGCGAGGUGGUCCACAAAGCAACCUUCUCACCCGUGUCGCCCAAUGGCGAGCCGCCGAAUCCGCCGCUGCGGAUGCCAUGAAGCAGUGUCAAGAGAUUCAAAGGGCCCGUGAGGCUGCCUCAUUACGUGCCAAAAAACGCGCCGAUCUGAGUGAAUCCCUAGAUCGAGCCCGUCACGAGUUAGCCAUUAUCGAAACCACCCUGCGCCAGUCGGACACCCAUCGUCUACGCACUGACUUGGAGCGUCUAGGCAUUGAGCUUGAUGAAGUACGCGCCUCUCUCAAAGAAGGUGCUGCCAGGUUAGUCGAGGCUGACAAGGCUGUAAAGGAAGCCCGUUGGAAAGUGGAACAUGCACAGGAGGCCGAGGCGAAAGCUUUGCGUGAGGCUGAAGCUGCUGUUAAGAGUGCUCGUGAACGCGUGGAUGCCACUGAAGACGCUCUACGAACUAAACAGCGCCUCAAGGAAACUCUGAGGUUGGAAGCUGAUGAAAUUGCUCGAGAAUUUCAACAGAUCCAGACGUCCCUUGAACAGACCAAGACUGAACUUCAGAAUGCUGAGGUUGCGGUUGAAAAAGCGAAGAAGGACGCGGAGGCUGCGAAAGAGGCCUUGAAGGAUGCCAAGGCUAAAGUGGAUGAACAACAGAGACUGGCUGAUGCGGCCGCGGCCGCUAUUCAGAGCGCCAAGUCGGAGGCUGAUAAGCUGAAGGAGGCUAUAUCAUCCACAUCCUGUCAGAUCGAUAAGCUUACACAUGAUCUGGAUAUUCAUACAAAAGAGAAUAAGGAGGCUUUUGUGAAGCUUUCCAGCAUGCUGGAAUCUAACCCUUGGAUAGCUGAAGAGCGUGGUAACUUCGGCGUUGCCAACGGCGUCUUCGACUUUAAGAAACGCGAUCCCACUGAAGCUCGUCAGCGUGUUUCCACUCUCUCCGAGAGGCGUGAAAAGCUCUCUCGAACCGUCAAUAUGCGUGCCAUGAACAUGCUUGGCACCGCGGAAGAACAAUACGCCGACUUACUGCGUCGCCGAGAAAUUGUGCUCGCCGACAAACGCAAGAUACAGACGGUUAUUGAUGAUUUAGAUAAAAGAAAGGAACAAGUUCUGAAGUCCGCUUACGAGAGGGUAAAUGAGGAGUUCAAUAACAUCUUCUCAUCCCUCCUCCCUGGAACUCGAGCCCAGUUGGUUCCUCCUGAAGGUCAGACAAUUCUGGACGGUCUUCAAUUCCGUGUGGCGUUCGGAGACACCUGGAAGGAGUCGUUGAGUGAACUCUCCGGAGGUCAGCGGUCGCUUGUCGCUCUGGCACUCAUUUUGGCGCUUCUGCUAUUCAAACCUGCACCAAUUUAUAUCUUGGAUGAGGUUGACGCAGCUUUGGAUUUAUCCCAUACCCAGAAUAUUGGUCAAUUAAUUAAGAAUCACUUCAAAAAUGCUCAAUUCAUUGUGGUAUCCCUGAAAGAUGGUAUGUUCAAUAAUGCCAAUGUCCUAUUCAAAACGAAGUUUGUCGAUGGUGUUUCUACGGUGACCAGGCACACGCCAACAACCAGUGGAAACGCUGGUGGAAGAUCCGGAAACGAUGCAAGACCCCAUCAGAUCGGAAAUAGGCGAAAGUUGGCCGCUUAA